ACUUGAAAAAGAUAUGUUUCUAACAAAAUAAUUGUAAAUAUAGUGUAAAUACGUGUACAAAUGUAUUAUUAUUUUUCUCAAAAUUUAAAUGUGGUGUUUCUAUAAAUACUAACCUUGAAAACAUUCAAAGAAAUUAAUGAGAGAAAAAAUGGAAUGAUUGAAAUAAAUGUAAAUUUUAAAAGGAUGUUUGUGCAAUAUAAUUUGUUCAAAGAUUAUUAUUUGAGUAAAGUAUUUUUUAAUAGAAAAUAAUAAAGAUAAUCUAAAAAAUAUAUGAGGAAAGCUUGGAGAGGGUUGUUUAAGUGCCAUGUGAAGGAUUUUUCUAUUAUUUAAAAUAACCAUGGAUGAAAGGAGAGUAGCAGAUUACUUUGUCAUUGCUGGCUUACCAGGACAAGACAAUGAUUUUGCCAGUGAUAAUGAAAAUGAUGAAAAGUUAGAAGAUUGGUAUCAAGAAGGAACACACGUCAAAGAUGUGCACAUGAAACCUCCAAUUACCGAUCUUGCCAUUAUAUUUCCAGCAUUGGGUGAACAAUGUCCUGAAGGAUAUACUGUGUUAGAACACACUGUGUCAGGUCUGCCUGCUGAUUUAAAUCAUGGAAGUUUAAGAACAAAUGAAUGUUACUUAUGUUAUCGAAGAGGAAGAGACAAACCUCCUUUAGUUGAUAUAGGUGUAAUAUAUGAUGGCAAAGAACGUAUAAUGCAGGAUGCGGAAAUGGUAUUGGAAACUCCGAAAGGGCAUCUAGCGAACGUGAAUAAUUCGUCGUCAAAAAUAUUCGUGACAUACAGACGCGCAAGUCAUAAAAUGGCAUGCAAUUCAUUAGUGGUGACAGACAUAUGUGUCAUCUUAACAAAUAAAGGAGAAACGCCCCCACAUGCAUUUUGUGUUAUUAAUAAAAAUUUGAAUAAAGGCAUGGUGGGCAGCGACGUAUAUUUGUGUUAUAAGAAAUCCAUGAAUCGAGCAAAUUUAAUAUCAUUUAAGCCUGCUAUAUUGUUCAAAUAUCCGACAUCUGAUUAUAGCAGUUUUGUCUUCCCAAAUUCUGUCGCAAUGUUUUGUUUACCGAUGGGAGCAACGAUUGAAUGCUGGCCGAAAGUUGCAUGCAAACCUAAGCCAGUGUUUUCAACAUUUGUUUUAACAGUGGCAGAUGCAGCUCAAAAGAUAUACGGUUCGGCAAUAACGUUUUAUGAAGAACUUGAAUUAGAAAUAGAUAUUUCAAAUUUUAAAGAAAACGAACCACUUACUGAUGUACUCAUGGAGAACAUGAAGAAUUCUGUUGAACACACAGAUAUUGACUAUCAGGAGUUGAAAACAAGAAUACACAAACAACCUGGAAUAUUUAAGAAACUUACUCCUGCACAGUUGGAAAAGUUACAAUUCACAAAUCCUGCCACUCAAUCAUUGAAUAUAAGUAAAUCUAUAUGCAUCCUGUCUCAUUGGCCAUUUUUUGACGCAUUUGAAAAGUUUUUAGUGUUUUUACAUAGCAUGUGUAAUAACAAACUGCAGAACGUUCCUAUUGAGAAAUAUAUAGCAUAUUUUUUGUACGACAUACCAUUUCCGAGCCCACAAAGACCAAGAAUUUUCGUACAGUUAAGUGCUAAUGAUAGAUUGGUUUUGACUCAGCCAGAAGAUUUGGCGCUACCUAGGUCUGGUGCCAGUUUUCGACAAUUACUCAUCAAUUUAGGACCUGACAAUUGUUUACUUAUAUUAUUGUUAAUCCUUACUGAACAGAAAAUACUUGUACAUUCAUUGCGUCCUGAUGUACUUACAUCAGUAAGCGAAGCAAUCGCUAUGAUACUAUUCCCAUUUAAGUGGCAAUGUCCAUAUAUACCUUUGUGCCCAUUAGGUUUAGCUGAGGUUCUGCAUGCACCAUUACCGUUUUUAAUAGGCGUUGAUUCUAGAUUUUUUGAUUUAUACGAUCCUCCCUCUGACGUUAAUUGUGUAAAUUUAGACACAAACAAUAUUGCAAUUUGUGACGACAAGAAAUAUUUAAAUGUGAAAUUAUUGCCUAAAAAAGCAGCCAGGCAACUUAGAAACUGUCUGGAUCAUCUUUAUUCGGAAUUGAUUUCUUUGGGAAAGAGAUAUUCAUCUAUGAAAGAUACAGAUGACGAGGAAUUCAGUGUUGACAAAGACUUUCAGCUAAAACGAAAAGAACAAGCUAUAGAACUCGAGAUUCAGGAUGCUUUUUUAAGAUUCACUGCUACGGUAUUAAAAGGAUAUCGUGCUUUUUUAUUGCCGAUUACAAAAGCUCCAACUGUUGGUUCUACUGAUCCAACCAGUUUAUUUAACAUACAAGCGUUUCUCAGAAGCCGAGAUAAGGCUCAUGCAAAAUUUUAUAGUAUGUUAGUGAAGACUCAGAUGUUUAUAAGGUUUAUAGAAGAGACAAGCUUUGUAUCCGAUAUGGAUAUGGCUGGUUUAGCGUUUUUUGACGAAUGUACAGAGCGCAUCGAGGAAGAAAAUAUGCCUCUUUUGGAGUUGGAUGAAUCUCAACAUAGUGAACGAACCGUAUAUAUACCUCCACCGGAAGCUGGUCCGAAUCAAUUGCCGAUAACAUAUCGCACGUUUAAAUUAAAUCCCGAACUAAUAAGACCACUGAAAAAUUUCAACAUAAAAAAUCCGAACUUAAGUGCCUUCGGAAUAAUACCAGGAAGUCCUAUGGCGCGCAGAACCAAGCAUGAAAUUAAAGUGGCGCAAAGGAUGGCGCGUAAACAGGCAGCAAUGCCAGAUAGGUGGGGCAGAUGUCUACUCGGCACUUGUUAUAGCCUUUGGUUCCUGCAUUUACCAGCUAUGUUACAAGUUUCCAAUCAGCCGGCUACAAUUUUACAUCAAGCUUACGAUCUAUUAGUUAAAAUGCCAAAAUUACACCUUGAUCCUAUCGAAGAAGUUUGCUAUAGAGCUAUGAUGCAACUGUGCGGUGUUUAUGGACAGCCUGUUCUAGCAGUAAAAUUAUUAUUUCAUAUGAAACGUAGUGGAGUUCAACCAAAUGCUCUUACUUAUGGAUUUUAUAACAAGGCUGUACUGGAAGCAACUUGGCCAUCUGAUAUGACAAAUUCCAGUCAGUUGAUGUGGAAUAAAUUGCGAAACGCUAUUGUUGGAGCAGCUUUAUUUAAACGUGCCGGUAAAAGAAGUGCAAGAAGAAGACUAAGUUCAAAUGCAGAAUUAUUAGCUGUAGAUGGCAAAACUGCAAGUAUGGAACAUGCAUUUUCUAGGUCUAGUCUUGAUAGUUCUCAUUCUCAAGACACCGAGGCCGCGCAUAGUGAUUAUUUGCCAGACUAUGGACCAUUUGAAAUAAAGAAGCUCCCUCGUCAGAAUAGUAUCGUUAAGGAUUCAGCGUUAAAUGUUAUACAAACAGAAGAAUUGGAUAAUAUACAAUUGAAUCAAAGAAUGAUUCGGAAUAUGGAAUCACCGCUAAAAAGUCCGGUUCGUACACCAGUUACAGAAAAUGACCCAUUGGGUGCUUUAAUGAACGACGAAACACCAGUUGUUUCACCUUCCGAAGAGAAUGAUUCAAAUUGUUCAACGUGUACUUUAACUAUCUUCAACAACGUUGAGGAACGACCAGGGGGUCCCCUUUUAUUUCGAAGUAGUAUUUUACCACGUAGUGCGACGUUUCAUCAAACAGUAGAUGAAGCUGGUGUAGCAAUAGGUGGUCAGUUGCAGAGGAGUGAAACAAUGCCGCAUUCCGUAGCACAGCAAGGUGAACAAGACAAGGAACGGGAAAGAUUAGAAAUAAGUAGCAUUUGGUCCCAGAAAGAUAGUGUUACUUCGAGUCUUUCAAGUCUGGGUUCAAGUCUGAAACUGAGUUUUGGUUCCACAAGUAUAACGGGAAAGAAAUCUAAUGAAAUAAUACUCGGUGGUUUAAGUAGUCUAAAGUCUGCUGCUACAACUGUGGUAAAAAAGUUUGACGAAAUUAAAGAGGCAAUUUCUGCGACAAGCACACCUGUAAAACUUAAGGAACGGGAAUAUAAAAUAAUGCACGGGGCAUCACACGAAUCUUUAGAUUCCAUGACCGAUGGAUCUAUACAGGAUAGAAAUGAACCUCUUAGAAUGUCUGGAGAUGGAAAUUUAGAUUCUUAUACAUUAUAUGAUUUGGCGGAGAGUUUAUAUCCAAAAGGUUCUAGAGAACUAGAUGAACGAAUUGCUAUUGAACUCGUAUUAUCUAGUGCAAGUAGAUGUCAUCAAUGUGCAUCUAUACUUUACGACGAGGAAAUAAUGGCUGGUUGGCAACCGGAGGACUCAAAUUUAAAUACGGUUUGUCAGUACUGCGAUAAAGCAACAGUACCUCUACUUACUAUAACGAUAUUGGAUUACAGAUGUGAAGAAAAUGAAAAGAAAAAUGAUCCUCUAAUGGGAGCGUUAGUUGAACUUUUGGAUAAACCAAAAGAAUUAUUAGAACCCAUCACAGUACCCUACUUGAAUCCUCUAGUUUUAAGGAAGGAGCUAGAAAGUGUUUUAAGUCAAGAAGGUGACACGUGUCUUACAAAGCAUAAAUUUAUCGACGAACAUCCAAUAGUAUACUGGAAUCUUAUAUGGUAUUUCGAAAGAAUUAAUUUAUCGAGUCACCUUCCGGAUUUGUGGUUGGGUAAUGAUAAAAAGAAGGAACAGAUUAAUUAUAACGCGGUGGGUGUGAAAACUAUGUGGGAUAACGAAAGACUUCACAUGGAUCGCUUGCCUAUGUACCUCCAGUGGAAGUUGAAUAAUGUAGAUAAAAGUUUAAUGCAGUCAGUGAUUACCUACGUUCGCCGAAAUGAUUUAGCGGAACCUAUAAAAAGAGUGGCCUUAGAAAGAAGUAAAAAUCCAGCUGAUCAAUCUCUAUUUUCUAUAUAUCGGGAUAUCUUGUUUUUGGCAUUUACCGUUUUGGGUAGAGGAAAUAUUGAUCAAGGUGUAUUCGACAAAGAAUAUUCGCUAUCGUUAGAGAGAUUAACGGAAAAAGAAGAGAAGCUGUUAUGUAAAAUCGAUGCUCCGCCCUCAACGAUGUCAGUGUUCUGUAGACACUAUUUUAAGCAAUUAAGUGUAUAAAAUUCAAAUUGAUGACAAUGAUGUAACAUAUUGUAAGAAUGAAUAGUACAUUCGUAAGAAGUAUCGCAGAUUUAUUUGUGUAAGUCUGAGUUGUAAUUGUAAAAGUCAAAAUUAGUGGUGAAUAACACUUUUUAGGUACAUGUUGAAUAGUUAUUAUUUUUGAAUGAAAGCCACUGAAUUUUUCAGAUAUUGAUCUUUCUUUUCCGUCAAGAAGAAAUCGGAGAAAUGAAAUUUUUAAUGAUGUUGACAAAUGUUAUGUAUUUCAUUAUGAAAUGUACUUUCUUUCAUAUUUAAAGUAUGCUAUUACUAUCAACACGUUUUUUAUUUAGAAACUAAGUUGCGUACAUAUUUAGUUUAUUAUAAUGUGAAUAUUCAUAGUGGUACAUAUAUAUGCGAUAAUGAAAAUCGUUCAGUACCAAAGAACCUGAUUUCAUUGAGAAACUAUAAAUUCAAUUGUUGCUGCACGGUGACAAGAAAUACAUCAUUUUUAACGUAUGGAUUAUAUCGUCAUAUUUCUGCUAAUGUUUUCAUCGUCACAUAUUGAUUGCAUGACUAUAAUUGAGUUUUAAAGGAAAGAACGUAUAGCGGAAUCUAUUGUCCAAGCUGAAGUCCAUUUACAUAAUACCUUACAGAAGAUAUUGUUCAUUUUCUUAUA